AUGCUGCUGGACGCGUACGAGCGGUGCAAAAGCUUCAUUAAGAUCGAGCUGAACGCGUCGCUUCUAGCGGGCGGCGUGGCCGGCGCCAUCAGCAGAACGAUCGUUUCGCCUUUUGAAAGAGCCAAGAUUCUCCUCCAACUCCAGGGUCCCGAGGCCCAGCACGCCUACAAAGGCAUGUUUCCGACAAUCUGGAAAAUGUACAAGGACGAGGGCUGGCGAGGCUGGUUCAGGGGCAACACGCUCAACUGUGUGAGAAUAUUCCCGUACUCGGCGGUCCAGUUCGCUGUGUUUGAGGAGUGCAAGCUUCUUUUGUUGAAGUACAAGCCGCCAGGGCUGACUUUGACCGAGACGGACCGUUUGAUUGCGGGUUCGGCGGGCGGAAUUGCCUCUGUGGCGGCGACGUACCCGUUGGACUUGGUCAGAGCGAGAAUCACCAUCCAGACUGCCUCGUUGAAUAAGCUCAACAAGGGCAGACUAGUCAAGGCGCCUGGCGUCUGGGACACACUUAAGGAUGUCUAUCGGAACGAGGGCGGCUUCUUCGCUUUGUACAAGGGUAUUGUGCCCACGACUUUGGGUGUAGCACCGUAUGUGGCUAUAAACUUUGCCUUGUACGAGCACCUCAGAGACAAGAUGGACGACUCCAAGCGGGACUUCAGCAAUCCGCUCUGGAAACUAGGCGCCGGUGCAUUCAGUAGUUUUGUGGGUGGCUUGUUGAUCUACCCGUUGGAUCUAUUGAGAAAGCGGUACCAGGUUGCCAGUAUGGCGGGAGGAGAGCUAGGGUUCCAAUAUAGAAGCGUCACGCACGCUUUGGUCAGCAUCUUCAAAAACGAGGGCUUCUUUGGCGCCUACAAGGGUCUCACUGCUAAUUUGUACAAGAUCGUGCCAUCCAUGGCAGUCAGCUGGUUGUGCUACGACACCUUGAAAAUGCAUAUCGCCAGGUGGUGA